AUGAGUACACAAGCACAGAAUGGACCGCGAUGGCGGAACAACCAGUUUGGAAGGGGCAAAGACGAGACGCCAUCCCCUGGACCACCACCUGGACAUGCGAGGUCAAAGUCGAGUAUAAUGCAAUCGCCGCUUGCACCCCCUGCACAGCUGGGCCAUGUGCGAAACCAGUCAUUAUCAGAUGUGCGGCUGGGUGGGAUGAAAAGGACGAACUCCGUAAGGACAAGCACACCAGUCGGUACCUUUGCGCCACAAUUCAUCACGCAGGAAGGGUUGGACGGCGCGGAGGAUCGAGUACGCCACAUCGAAGGCGAGAACGACUUCUCCGGCAAGAGAUAUGUCUGGGUGCGAGAUCCGACAAUCGCGUUCGUGCGCGGAUGGGUGACCGAAGAGUUACCUGAGGAUCUGCUGAGGGUACAAUGCGAUGACGGCUCGUUGCGGGAUGUGCCUGCGGACAGCGUGGACAAGGUCAACCCAGCGAAAUUCGACAAAGCAGACGACAUGGCAGAGUUGACACAUCUGAACGAGGCCAGCGUGGUGCAUAAUCUGUAUCAGCGGUAUCAGGCGGAUCUGAUCUACACAUACUCUGGCCUGUUCUUGGUGACCAUCAAUCCAUAUGCGCCACUUCCGAUCUAUGGCCGCGAUUACAUCAACAUGUACAAAGGACGAAACCGUGAAGAUGUGAAGCCGCAUGUUUUUGCGAUGGCAGAUGAGGCUUUCCGGAAUCUUGUGGACGAAGGCACAAAUCAGUCGAUUCUGGUUACUGGUGAAUCUGGAGCUGGCAAGACUGAGAACACGAAAAAGGUGAUACAAUAUCUGGCUGCAGUUGCAACAUCAGACACUCCUCGCGCCAAGUCUGGUGGUAGGCAACUCUCGAAUCUGUCCGAACAGAUCUUGCGAGCGAAUCCCAUCCUUGAAGCAUUUGGUAACGCGCAGACUGUACGAAACCACAAUUCCUCUAGAUUUGGAAAGUUCAUUAGAAUUCAGUUCACUCGAGCUGGACAGAUCGCUGGGGCUGUGAUUGAUUGGUACCUGCUUGAGAAGAGCAGGGUUGUGCAUGUCAAUUCUGGCGAACGGAAUUACCAUGUCUUCUAUCAGCUGCUUCGCGGUGCGGACAAAGCUAUGCGAAGUGACUUUUUACUGGAGGGCAUGGAUGUCAAGAGCUUCGAGUAUACGCGACAUGGCAAUGAAACGAUCAACGGCGUCUCUGAUCUUGAUGAGUGGAACUCUUUACUAGAGGCAUUCUAUAUCAUGAAUUUCUCGGACAAGGGACAAAAGUCUGUUUUGCAAACCAUGGCUGCUGUGCUGCAUCUGGGCAAUAUUGGCGUGGUCAAGGAGAGUAUGCGUGGAGAUCAAGCAGCAUUAGCGCCAGACGCGGGUGUUGCUAUUCGAAGUGCCUGCCAUCUUCUCGGCAUUGAUGCUGAAGCCUUCACCAGAGCAUUAUUGCAUCCUCGAGUCAAAGCUGGACAUGAAUGGGUUGAGAAGGCACAGACGCCAGAACAGGCUCGAUUGGCUGUAGAUGCGCUUGCGAAGGGUAUCUACGAGCGCGGCUUCGGAGACCUCGUCACUCGCAUCAAUCGACAGCUGGACCGUACUUCUUCUGGCUCGUACGCAGACGACACAUCAUUCAUCGGCGUGCUUGAUAUCGCUGGAUUCGAGAUCUUCGACAACAAUAGCUUUGAGCAGCUCUGCAUCAAUUUCACAAAUGAGAAGCUCCAACAAUUCUUCAACCACCACAUGUUCGUUCUCGAGCAGGAAGAAUAUGCUCGGGAACAGAUCGAAUGGAAGUUCAUCGAUUUUGGUCGAGAUCUGCAGCCAACGAUUGAUUUGAUCGAGGUGGCCAACCCGAUUGGUAUCUUUUCGUGCUUAGACGAGGACUCAGUCAUGCCGAAAGCGACCGACAAAUCCUUCACCGAGAAAUUGCAUGGCUUGUGGGACCGUAAGACGCCCAAGUACAAGCGCAGUCUGCUCAAGCAGGGCUUCACGCUCACUCACUACGCUGCUGAAGUCGAGUACGAUACUGAAGGAUGGCUGGAGAAGAACAAGGACCCGCUCAAUGACAACAUUACCAAACUUCUGGCGGCAUCGUCCAAUAAACACAUCGCUAAUCUCUUCAUCGAUUGUGCUGACGUGGAUGAAGCCUUUGGAGAUGGCGCAUUCAGGAGCAGAGUGAAGAGGGGCCUAUUCCGGACCGUAGCCCAAAGGCACAAGGAACAGCUUUCGACUCUCAUGAACCAGCUGCACAGUACGCAUCCACACUUCGUCCGAUGUAUCUUACCCAAUCACAAGAAGAAGCCAAAGCAGUUUUCUGCGCCACUUGUCCUGGAUCAACUGCGCUGCAAUGGUGUCCUGGAGGGUAUCCGAAUCGCUCGCACGGGCUUUCCCAACCGGCUUCCUUUUGCAGAGUUCCGCGCUCGUUACGAAGUCUUAUGUCCUAGAUUGCCGCGCGCUGGCAUGAUUGAGGGACAAGAGGCUUGUAAAAUCAUGCUUGAGAAGCUCAAUCUGGAUCGCAGCUGGUACCGAGUGGGCCUUACUAAGGUCUUCUUCCGUGCUGGUGUUCUGGCUGAGUUGGAGGAGGCACGCGACAAGCUCAUUCGCGACAUUGUCGAACGCUUCCAGUGCGUAGCCCGUGGUUUUGUGCAGCGACGUAUCUUCAGGAAGCAGCAGCACAAGGCGGAGGCUACCAGGAUCAUCCAGCGGAACUUUGCUGUGUAUCAGCAGAUGCAGGCCAACCCGUGGUGGCGACUUUUCGUGCGAAUGCGACCUUUGUUGGGUGCGACAAGGCAGAGCAACGAGGUCAAGAAGCGGGAGGAGGAGAUCAAGGAGCUGCAGUUGAAGAUGCAAGCAGAAGAACAACAUCGUGCCAAGGUUGAAGACGAUCGACGUAGAGCUGAUCUUGAGCGAGAGCGUGUGCAGCAGACGCUCGAGAGUGAACGCGCUCUAGCUCUGGACAAGGAGGAGAUCUUCCGUCGACUCCAAGAGAAGGAGGCGGCGCUCGAAGAGGAAUUGCAGGCUGCUCGACAGGAUCAGGAAGAACUUGAAGGCCAGCUUGAUCAGCUCAUAGCCGCCAAGAAGAUCGCAGAGGAGGAGGUCCAGCAGCGGCGCACGCAACUGGAGCAGGCCGGCGUGAUCAUCGAGAAGCUGGAAGGGGAAAAGCAAGACCUUCUGGACCGCAUCGCUGAGCUAGAUACUCAUUUGCAGGAUGUGGAGCGUACGCGCACCCUCACCAGCGAGCAGGAAGAAGCAUUGCAACAGGAGAUGCGCAUGCUCUCCAGCCAGCUCAGCCUAAAGGAUCGCAAGCUGCAGGAUCUCGAGGCAAAGUUGGUGCAUAAUGAUCAAGAGCUUGAUAUCAAGCUUGCCACUGCGACCAAGGACUUGCACGGAGCCAAGAAGCAGAUUCGAGAUUUGCUUGAUGAGAACCGAUCCAUCCGCCAGCAGAUGACUGAUCUGUCGACCACUUCGGCCAGCUUCGAGGAUGUGAUCCGUCGCAAGGACAGCGAGUUGGCCAUCAUGCGGACAGAUUUGCGCAAGUUCCAGGACGAUCGAAAGCGAUUUGAGGAUGAGAAGCAUAGUCUUACUACGAAGCACGAUGGCGUCCAGAACCGCUUGCGGCAGAUUCAGGCCGAAAUGGAGGCUAUGCAAACACAAACUUCGCAGCUUGAGCGUGAAGCUGCAGAUGCCAAGCGUGCGCUCGAGGAGCAGACUUCCGCCAAUGCCCAAGUGGACAUGCUGGAGGCACAAUUGCACGAUGUCAAAGGCGAGCUUUUCCAGACGCAGACGGAUCUCAGCCGAGAGCGACAGUCUCGCGACGACGUCAAGAAGAUUGCAGAUGCUGAGUACCGGGAUCUCAAACGAGAAUUCGAGUCGCUAAACGACUCCAAGGUCACGGUCGAGAAGGAGAUGUACGCUCAAUCUGACCUCACUCGUCGAGCCACUGCUGCCAGAGAGGCCGCUGAGAAGGAUCGUAAGGAUUACCAAGCUGAGCUGCAAACGCUUCGCAAGAAGUUCAUCGAGCUGCAGGAGGCCAAGCUGGAAUGCGAGACGACUGCUGAGAGGAACGUCACUAAGCAGGCAAACGACCGACACGCUACUCUGCGACGGGAACUCGAUUCGCAUGCUCAGCGUGCCGACCAGCUGGACGGAGAGAAGACUGCUUUGGCAAGUGAAGUGCAGAAGCUCAAGCGAUUGAUUGGCGACUCAGAGAACUUCAAGCUCCAUCAUGAUCAGGACAAGCAACGCCUCGAGCGCGAAUUGGUGACCAUCAAGGGGCGGCUCACUGCAUCAGAAAACGACAACCGUGCUUUGAUGAACAAGGUCCAGCAGAAGAACCUUGACAUCGCUCGCUCGAACUCCAAGGCGAGCGACACGCAGCGUGGCCGCAUCAGUCAGCUCACACAGGGCAAGACUCAAGCCGACGAAGAAGUCAAGAAACUCCAGCGACAAGUCAACGAUGCGCAGCUGACCAUCACUUCACUUGAGAAGCAGAAGGAGAAGCUGACGUUGAAUCUGGAGGACCUCAAUCAUGAGAUCGACAGAGAGCACAAGACGACUCGGAACGCUGAGCAGCAGUCUUCGAGCACCAAUUUGCAGCUCGCAGAGGCAAAUAGGAAACUUGAGACUGAACGCCAGCUCCGUACCCAAGCCCAGCAGAACACUCGCACUGUGCAGAGUGCGCUUGACAAUGCCAAUAGUGAGCUCAGUGAGGCACAUGAUCAUCUGCGCCUGCUGCAGAAGGUCUUUGAUCCCGAGCAUGGCCGUCUGCCAUCGAAUAUGGACGGCGCGAAGCCCGACCUCUCCAGAGUCAUCAGCUUGGCACAAAAGCUGGAAGCCUCCGAGCAAGCACUCCGACUGGCCACAGACCGCUUCUCGCGCGCCGAAGCUCAAGUUGAAGACCUCCGGAUCCAGCACCAUGAGGAUAUGCAGGAAAACGACUACAAGCACCAGAACUCGAAACGCGCCUUGCUGGAGGAGAUGAAUUCUAGCCAGGUUAAUGCCCGUUCGUCUCCUGGCCACAUCCGUCGUGAGUGGAACGCUGAGCCUCGCAAGACGUUCUCGCCUACACCACUUGGUGGCACGCCGGCCAACCAGAGACAUAUCAGCAAGGCUAGCAAUGACUCUGCGCGGAGCGACAGAACCGUCGAUACUGCGACAUACAAUAAUCGGAUGGACCUUGCUGCUGAGCUAGAGCUCUUGCAGAAUCAGCUGCAGAUGUCUGAGAUGCGGAAUAGGCAUUUGCAAGCUCAGGUUGACCGCAGUCCAAGUAAGGGUGGAUGGGAAGAGGAGAGUCCAUCUAUUCGCCGAGUGCAAAAGCUGGAAAGGGAGAACUUCAGAUUGCAUGAUAUGCUUGACGACUCUGCCAAGAAGGUGACAACGCUCGAACAGAGUAUCAGGACUGGGCAGCUUUCUCUCAAGGAGGUGCAGACCAAGAGCCACGAGGAGCUGUACGACUUGAUAAAUUCUCAAGAACAGUCUAGACGGUCGAUCUUGACAAGCCACAAUGCUGCGAUGUCUGAGCUCGCAGAUGCCAAGACACAGUUCGAUGAUGUGAAGCAAGUAAAGGCUUCGACUGAGGUGGAGCUACGGGAUGCGAAGUCUGAGUUGGCCGAUCUGCAAUACGAGCGUGAGCAGGAAGCUGCCAACCACGCCCAGCUGUUGCAGGAGUUCGCUGACCUACAGAUCCGACUCGAUACUGAGGCCUCAAAAGCGAUCGACGUCAGUGCCAGCAUGAACCUGUACAAGGCCAGAGCAGAUGAGUACUUCGAGCGGCUAGAGCAGGCCGAGAUCGCCGUACUGAAGGCGUCCCGCGCCGAGCAAUUCGCCAAGCAGCAAGGCAAAGAGGCGGAAGAGACGUGCGCGACCAUCAUGUCUGAGCGUAAGCAGAUGGAUCAGCUCGUCGAAGAUUUGCAGCGCCAGACCCAGCAGUAUGAGGAGAAGCUGGAAGAUAUCUCCACCGACCUGGACAGUGCUAUGCAAGCCAAGAAGCGUUUGCAGAACGAGCUCGAGGACUACAGAUCUCAGCGUGCCAUGGACAUUGAGGAUAAAGAAUCGUCUGUCGAGCAGACCAGGAAGAAGUAUCAGACGGAACUGGCUUCGCUGACCAACGAGCUGGAGAUUGAGAGGGAUAAUGUGAUUCAUGCUCGAGGCGAGAAUGGUCGGCUUCGGGAUGAGCUGGAGGAGCUGAGGAACAAGUGGGAUGACGAGGUGCUCAACAGCUCGACUUGGGCGAAGGAGAAAUCGAGACUGGAGGUCGUGCUUCAGGGUCUCAGUGACUCGAGAGAUGAUGCAGUGGGAGCGCAUAAUGAGGCUCAAGGCAAGAUUAUAGAGUUGCUUGGUCAAGUCAGGAGUCUGAGGACGAAUGUUGAUGAUGUGGCUGCUGAACGGGACUUGCUGUUCCAGGAGAAGAAGGGCUUGGAAGCACGACUUCGUGAGGCUGCUGAUCGCCUGGAUGACCUGACGAGCAAUGGAUCCUCGCCUUCGAAGCGUGAUGCCGCGAGCAUGGACCGAGAAUUUCUUGAGCUCAAGUCAAGACUUGCACAUCAAGAGGACAUUUCGACUGCUGCUGUGGGCAAGAUGCGAAGAGCUGAAGGCUUGGUGCAGGAGAUCCAGAGGGAUAUUGCGACUGCUCGCGAGACGAGUGUGAGCCUACACAAGGAGAAGGCUGGUCUGGAGAAGGCUUGCAAGGAUCUGCAGCUCAAGUGUGUCGAUUUGGAAACCAAGGGCUACUCGAGCGGCAGCCAAGAUGUGCGCUUCUUGCACGGUCGUGUGCAGGAGCUCGAGUCUCAACUCGAAACUCUCGAACACACCCGCUCAUCUGAAGCGCGCAGCGUGCGCACCGUGGACCGUACCGUCAAGGACCUCCAGUCGCAGAUCGAGCGUCGCGACAAGUCCCUUUCGCACCUCGAUUCUGAACUUGGUCGCUCUCGUGACAAGAUUGGCUCUCUCUUAUCGAAUAUUGAGGAGCUCCAGCAAUCAGACUCAUCUUCUCAACUAGCGACAAAACGUGCCGAACGCGAACUGCGUGAAGAGCGAGAGAAGACUUUGCGCCUCGAGCGUGAAGUCGAUAGCCUACGAGCCGUGAAUCGCGAACGUGAUGCGAGCGUGCGGCGUUCUGGCACUCUCGCAGCAUUGAGCGAUAACGGCGGUGGCAGUCGAAGAGGCAGUUCGAUCGGACUGCCUAGCGUGCUGAAUGGUGGAGACGUGAAGAUAGAAGUCCCGGCCAGGAAGAGCAGUCUGAGCAAAGGUUUUUUGUAG